GUUGAUGAAUGUGAAUGACAGUAAUUAGAAAUUAAUGUGAUCAUUUAUCGAGGAUUGGACCAGUAGAGAGGAAUAUGUGCGUCUUUCUUCCAUCCCACAUAUCUUUAGGAUUUUUGGUGGCACUCAAAGCCUCAGAAAUACUUCAUGCUGGGGGUUGGGAGGUAGUGACGAUUGGUCCGCUCUCACAGACAGACACGGGCAGUCAGGGGCUGCAAGGGGCAGGUCGACAGCUAGGAAAUAGUAAUCAUUUAUUAGAAUAUGCAUUGAAUAUGAGGUAACAUGGAAUUAGAAACUUAUAGCACACUAUGAUAUGUCGCUGUAAAGGGGUGGUUCUCUCAGUAAGUGAAAUGCAUGCAUAUAUUUCUCUUUUGAAGGGGCCGCCGGUGGAGUAACAGCUAUCGCAAGUAGAGACAGUGUAUGUCCACAGGAUCCUGGCCUAGUAUUGCUGCUACUGGGAUUCUCCUUAUCCGCUUUCACAAAAUUGGAAAACAGCACAUUUAAUUAUAUAAAUUAAAGGGUUGACAGUUGUUUUUGCGGUGACGGACAUUUCAAUGGGUGGAGACAUGGCACCAUGAGUCAGCCCUAUGAACUGUCCAUCAAAGAUGCACAGGCCUGCAGCUCUGACCCAACAUUGACCUCUGCCCCCAAUGACCCUGUCUCCUCCUGCUCAAAGCACCAUAACCGCAAUUCAAGACUAGACCCUCCACGUGCCAUGCAGCUGUCCACCGCCCCUGCCCUGAAUUCUACAUCCACCUAUGGGUUCAUCAAGGACCUAUCUUCCUCCUACAGCCCUCUGAGAAGGCUACAGCACCUGACCACCAUGGUCAGCCACCCGGACCUGGUCCUACCUGGAGUCGGGGAGAGGGCCUCCCAGGGCUCCAGGGAAGACUUGCAUACCCGGAAUGCUGUUGGGAAAACUGACAUCAGCAAUUCCUUGGUCCUCACAGCUACCCAGCCAGGCAGCAGAGACACAGACAAUAGUAAGACUAAUCAUAGUGUGGAGAAGAAGAGUGACUGUUGCUUCUCUGACCCACCCAGUCCAGCUUUCUCACUGGAUAGCAACAGCCCCUUUGCAAAUGGCUACCUGCACUUUGAGUCCACUUUGUUUGAUGAUGAGAAUGAUGAUGAUAAUGCAGAGGAUGAUGAGGAUAUAGCGUUGCCUCUGACAGACAGAGAGAGAAAAGUUGGAAAGUCACCUGAACCUCUUCCUGGACUUUUAAACUUGAAGGUUAAAAAUGUACCAGAGCCAGGGCUGUCUGUGGGUAAAGACUUGCAGUCCCCUGGUGUCCCCCCAUUUACAGCACAUGAUGGGUCAGACGAGGACUGGGGGAGUGACUGUAAGCCUCUCUCUCUUGGGAAUAGCCCCUCUGGGCCUGCAAUGAUGGGCAGCCCAAAGAAGAAGUCCUUACCACCUGUAAAGUUUUUAAAAGGUGAAGUUAUAUGGGCAAAGUUCAACCGAAGACCCUGGUGGCCUUGUGAGGUGACUGUUGACCCACUACAGGGAACCUAUCACAAAAUGAAAGAGCACAGUGACAGGCCUUGUCGGCUGUACCACAUCAGGACCUUUGGGCUGCCUGUGGAACUGGCCUGGGUCACAGGGAAAGCUAUACACACAUUUCAUGGAGGCUUUGAGUUCGAACAGCUCCCCUUGCUGCGCAGGAGAGGAAGGCAAAGGGACGAAGACUACAAAUACAUUAUACCCAAGAGGUUUAAAGCAUCCUGGAAAACCAGUGUGGCUGAAGCAGAAUCUGCCCUCCCAGAGCGACCCAAAAUGGAUGUCUCUAUACCUGACUCCAUAAAUACAACCCUCUAUGAUGGGUCCACAUCAGAAAAAGAGGGCAAGGCCCUUCCAACUCCCCCUUCCAAUCCAUCCAACUGUAUACCCCUUGCACCAAGCAACUUAACAAACGGAUCUCUGUCACCUCACAGUAAACAUUCUCCAACAAAAGUAAGCACUUCCAAGAAGCCUCAAAGCAAGAAGAAGCCAAGUAAAGCAUUUAAAGCUAAAAAUGAGUGCUUGAACACCAAAACAACAUUUGACAGCACUGACAAGCCAGAGGGGGACAUAAAAGAAUGUCCGUACUCAGACCUUGACUCUAUCCCCAAUAUUUUGUGUCCUAAAGCACUUGAGCGUCAAUCCAAGCAUGCUCAGACUCAGCCCUCAGUUCCAGUAGUAAAAGAGGUGAAGAAGCAGCCUGAAGGACACAGUCGCCUGUGGUUCAGCAAACCAGGAAAAGACAGGCGUCUCAACACUACCACCUCCUUAUCUAACCACAGUGCCUUCAGCAAGGGUCCCUGCAAGAAAAAGACUCAAACUGCAGCUACUGUCAACAGAAAGACUCAAGCGUCCAGUGCGGCCAUCAAGGGAUGCUCUAUUGAUCAGUUGAAGACUCCAGUGUCCAGCGUAAUAGUAAAAGAACACCCUGCUGAUCAGUUGAAGACUCCAGUGUCCAGCGUAAUAGUAAAAGAACACCCUGCUGAUCAGUUGAAGACUCCAGUGUCCAGCGUAAUAGUAAAAGAACACCCUGCUGAUCAGUUGAAGACUCCAGUGUCCAGCGUAAUAGUAAAAGAACACCCUGCUGAUCAGUUGAAGACUCCAGUGUCCAGCGUAAUAGUAAAAGAACACCCUGCUGAUCAGUUGAAGACUCCAGUGUCCAGCGUAAUAGUAAAAGAACACCCUGCUGAUCAGUUGAAGACUCCAGUGUCCAGCGUAAUAGUAAAAGAACACCCUGCUGAUCAGUUGAAGACUCCAGUGUCCAAUGCAACAUUCAAAGAUAUUACUGGUGAUCAGUCGAAGACUCCAGAGUAUAGUGUAACAGUCAAAGAAAGUCCUGUUGAUCAAUUGAAGCCUCCAGUCUCAAGUGUGCCCAAGCCUCCUGAUGAGGCGAAGGCCCUGGGCAAGCAGCCUGCACAUCUGCCUGCUAGCAACCGCCUGAUGACCAGAGCUCUUAAAGCUAUGGAGUUAGCAGUGCGGAAACAGAAUCUGUUCUCCAGUCCAAAGCCUGGCUGUUUCCUUCCUAUCAACAAGACAGAGGAGGAGGUGUCAUCUUCCACAAACACUCCUUCUGAUAAACCAGAGACCAAAACAGACUGUUAUACAGAGGAAAAAUCUUUAAAGGUUGACAACGAUAAUCAGAUCACUGGUUUACCAAAUUGGUCCUCCUCAAAGUUCACCAGGUCGAAGGACUUUGAAGCAGAGGUUAAGACUGAAGAUGAGGGCUUCUUGAUAUCCCAGAUGCCUGUGGACUUUAUACCUCUGACAUCUGGGAAGUCAAAGAAAAAUAACUGUGUGUCUGACUGUUCCUCGCCAUGCUUCUCUCCCAUGGACGCCUUCAAAGACAUUAAAGAGUUAUCUUUCAAGUCCCUGGAAUCAAGUGAGGGUGAUGGGAAACCUGUGUCUUUUAAACCAGACACUAACUACAAGUUCAGUACUUUCCUCAUGCUGCUGAAGGACAUGCACGAUACCAGGGAGAAAGAUGGAACUCCCUUGGAGCUGGAAAUCGGACCACCUAGUGCUCAUGUAAAAGAGGAGCCUUCCAUGAUUCCACCCUUACUGGGAGAGGAGUCACUCGGUCAAGGCCCGUGUCUCGGUAAAAGUAAACAAGGCAAGAGCAAAACCAAGGCCAAGCUCAAACCCAAGUCUUCUCUGAAGGUAGAAAUCCCACAACUUGAAGGCAGCACAAACCAGGUCAUGAAAAGGCUAUCCAAAAACAGAGGCUCAUCUGAGACUAAAAAGAAACCGAAUAGAAAAGUGCCUUUUGGUAAGAGGUCUCCAGGACCUGGCUACCUUGGGAUGGAAGCCUUGCACCACCUUCCGAGCAAUUCUUGGGAGAAGUUUGACCAGGAUUUAGAGACAUUAGGGGGGGUGGGGGAGGGCUGCAGUAGGCUAACGAAUGAGAGACUACAGAACAUGGUGCCUUUGGAGCAGGGUGGUGCAGAACCAUCAGUAUCCUUUCAACCAAAGAUAGUGUUGGACCAGCAGACUAUCGCCGCCACAAUUUCUGCAAACACUACACAAAGUACUGGGGAAGGCCAGGAGGCUCCCACAGCACAUAAACGAAUUAGAAAACCAAGCAAAAGACUCAUAGAAUGGACAGAAGAGUACAGUCAGAUAAUCUGCGCAAGGAAGAAACAGAAAAAGCCCCUCCAGCCUUUGGGAAAGGUGGCACAUUCCAACAGCAACAAACCAGAUCCCCUACCACCAGGGAAAACCACACAUGACCACGCCCUUCUGAACCCACUUCCUGAAAUACAAACUCUGCCCCCAGACGAACCAUCCAAGACCCCCACUGGACAAGCCUCUCCCCCAAUAGAGAAUACUCCCCCUCAGGAUGCACAUAUCCUGUCCAUAGAUACUCUAACCCCACCUCCUGAAGGAGACUCUUCGCUGCAGAGUGACGGUCUGACAAAGAAUGUUGGUGACGUUCCUUACUUGGAAACAAUCCGUAAGAGACAGAGGAAACCAACUCCGAAGAUUAUGGAGACUGCCACAAUUCCAAAGAAGAGGGUCAAGUCCCUGAAGACCAUCUUAUCAAGUCACCCUCUUCCUUCAGGCUCUGGACAACUCUUUUCUAAAUCAAAGAUCAAACAACCUACCACAGCUACCCCUGCACCCUCCACAUUUACACCCUGCACCCCUGCACCCUGCCCCCUGACCCAGAGCAGCCUGGAGAAGGGGCCAGACUGUGACGUCACCAAGCCCCCCAGUGAGGAAACUGAUCUUCAUGAUGAUGGGAGGGAUACCCUAGACCCAGAGGGUUUUACAUCCAGUUUGGAUGACAGCUUUUCAUCCAUGAGGGAGGAGUCUUCACUGUGCGAUGGCCCACUCUCCCCCAAUAAGAAGAUCAUAGGGGACAGAGGGGGCGCUGCCUCAUUGAAAGAGAAUGUGUGUCAGGUGUGUGAGAAGACUGGGGAGCUGCUGCUAUGUGAGGGCCAGUGUUGUGGGGCCUUCCACCUCCAGUGUAUCGGCCUCACAGACCCUCCUAUAGGGAAGUUCGUCUGCCAGGAGUGCAAGUCUGGUGUUCACACCUGUUUUGCAUGUAAGAAGCCCGGGGAGGACGUGAUGCGCUGUAUGAUCCCAGUGUGUGGGAAGUUCUACCAUGGAGAGUGUAUAGCCAACCACGCUCCCGCUGCCCCCGUGCACCGGGGUCUCCGCUGCUCUCUCCACGUCUGUCUGUCCUGCUUCAUAACCAACCCUGUCAACCCCUCCGUCUCCAAAGGUCGUCUGACACGCUGUGUGCGCUGCCCUGUGGCGUACCAUGCCAAUGACUACUGCAUGGCAGCGGGCAGUGUGGUCCUGGCCAACAACAGCUUCCUGUGUCCCAACCACUUCACCCCCCGCAGGGGCUUCCGCAACCAUGAACACGUCAAUGUCAGCUGGUGCUUUGUCUGCUCCGAAGGGGGCAGUCUGCUGUGCUGUGAGUCGUGUCCUGCUGCCUUCCACCAGGAGUGUCUGAACAUCGACAUGCCCGAGGGCAGUUGGUUCUGCAAUGACUGCCUGGCCGGGAAGAAGCCCCACUAUAAGGACAUCCUGUGGGUCAAAGUGGGCCGAUACAGGUGGUGGCCUGCGGAGGUCAGCCAUCCCAAGAACAUUCCAGAAAACAUCCUACGUAUGAGGCACAAUGUAGGAGAGUUCCCUGUGCACUUCUUUGGCUCCAACGACUACCUGUGGACCUACCAGGCCCGAGUCUUCCCCUACAUGGACGUAGACACCAACAACAAGGAGAAGAUGGGGAAGGGUGUAGACGCCAUCUACAAGAAAGCUUUGGAGGAAGCUGCUAGCAGGUUUUUGAAACUGCAGGCAGAGAAAGAACUGAGACAGCUUCAGGAGGACAGGAGGAACGACAAGAAACCCCCGCCAUACAGACACAUCAAGGUGAAUAGGCCAAUCGGGAAGGUGCAGUUCAUUACGGCCGACCUAUCAGAGAUCCCGCGCUGUAACUGCAAAGCAUCGGACGAGAACCCUUGUGGCAUUGACUCUGAGUGUAUCAACCGGAUGCUGAUGUAUGAGUGCCACCCCCAAGUGUGCCCAGCAGGGGAGGGCUGUCUUAACCAGGCCUUCACCAAGCGACAGUACAGCCAGGUGGAGAUCUUCAGGACGCUGGCACGAGGCUGGGGCCUCCGCUGUGCCCACGACAUCAAGAAGGGGGAGUUUGUGAAUGAGUAUGUAGGAGAGGUGAUCGAUGAGGAGGAGUGUCGGGCCAGGAUCAAACACGCCCAGGAUAACGACAUCUGUAACUUCUACAUGCUGACCCUGGACAAGGAUCGGAUCAUCGACGCUGGUCCGAAGGGGAACCAGGCCCGCUUCAUGAACCACAGCUGCCAGCCCAACUGUGAGACCCAGAAGUGGACGGUGAAUGGAGAUACACGUGUGGGGCUCUUCGCUCUAAUAGACGUCCCUGAAGGCACAGAGCUGACUUUCAACUACAAUCUGGAGUGUCUGGCCAAUGGGAAGACUGUGUGUAAAUGUGGAGCUCCAAACUGCAGCGGCUUCCUAGGAGUCCGGCCAAAGAAUAACCCUCCAGCAGACGACAAGGGCCGCAAGCUGAAGAAAAAGGUCCAGGCUAAACGAAAGAACAAGAUGGAGGUGACCAAGGAGAGGGAGGACGAGUGCUUCAGUUGUGGGGACGGGGGACAGAUUGUGUCUUGUAAGAGACCAGGCUGUCCCAAGGUUUACCACGCAGACUGUCUCAACCUCACCAAGAGGCCUGCAGGUCGGUGGGAGUGCCCGUGGCACCACUGUGACCUGUGUGGUAAGGAGGCGGCCUCAUUCUGUGAGAUGUGUCCCAGCUCUUACUGCACACUGCACCGCGACGGGAUGCUCUUCAUCUCAAAGCUGGACGGACGGCUGUCCUGCAGCGAACAUGACCCCUGUGGACCAGACCCCCUGGAGCCAGGGGAGAUCAGGGAGUACCUACCUGACACUGGGGCUCUCUCAACAGGCCCGGGGGCUGGUAUUGUACCCCCUCCUGCUGCUGCUGUGGCUGGUUCUGCUGCUACUACAACGGGGACAGGGGACCCCCAACCUAGCCCUGGCCCUGAGUCUUUCCCCCAUCUCCCCAUCUCUUGCCCCAUCUCUGGCCCCUUCUCUGGCCCCAUCAGCACCCCUCUACCCAGCUCAAAGGCCCUCGAUAGCUCUCACCUAUUCCUUCCCCAAUACUCACCCAUCUCUUCCUACGGAGAUGAGAAGGAAGAAGUUGAGGAUCCUUUUGGUAAUGAAGACGGGGAUGGAGAGGGGAUUGAGGGAGAGUUGGAGGAUGGAGAGAUGGCUGGCUUAAAGUUGAAAAAUGAAGAGGAGGAGGAAGAAGAAGAGGAGGGAGAAGAAGAGGAGGGCGAGGAAGAAGAGGAGUAAAGACCAAUGUCCUUUUUCAACAACUCUGCAUCCUGGCUAAUCAUUCAUGGGGGGUGGGGAGAAGGGCUACCUGCUUGUUCUUGAGGGGGGGACUGUGCUCAGCAUCAUGUAGAUUCACUCAUCUUUGUAUAUAAGGAUCCAUGUACAGAUGAUUUAUAGAUCUGUGAAUUUGAACACCGCCUUGUUCAGACAGACCCCUGAGAAAUAGCAGGAUGAAACAAUGUGGCCUGGAGCUGGAGGGUCGAAAUGGAGUAUGAGGGAGUUUUCCCUGGACACUGAUUUAUGGUCAGUUUUCCCCCUAAUAGUUCCAGUUAGGGUUUGUGAUAGGUAUACUGAUCCUAGAUCUGUGCCUAAGGGCACAAUGGGUAUGAUGGUAACUCUAGUCGUAUAGAUAGGUACAUUUGAAUCUCUUCUUUGUUCGUUGUCAUAGUUGUUGGUUUGUGGUUUUAAUAACAUGUUUACAUUUCUGCACCUCCUCUUGGAGAACACGGCAACUAAUGUAUCUGAAGCUUCACCUUUAUCAAAGGGGAGACUGAAGACAGGAGGAGCAGUACUGUCAAAGGCACAGAAAUCCCCUCGUGAGAAAGUAGCCUAUGGUGUGUUAGAUGGGCCUGUCAAGCUGGUUCUCUCUGUAGCAACGCUCCUACAUGGCACAAAUGAGUAAUGCUGUGAAAUUAAUGCGUCAGCAAUGGAAAUUAUUAGUCAUACAAUCAGUCAUUUCAACCUUGUCAUUGGUGUACAGUUUAUAUCCAUACCUAUUUGAUGAUGAUGAAUCUAUCGUCUCCGCUGGCAUCUAUCUGCCUUACCACACCAAAUGAUACAGACACCUAGACAAUACACAUUAAAUCAAAUGGCUUAGUUAGUAAAUGUGGGUAGUACAUCAAGGUGAUAUUGAUAUUUGGACAUGCCUAUAUCCUAAUCCAUGACAGUACUUUGUGUUUUCCCCUAACCCUGGCAUUGCAUUGCUCCUCUGUACUGAUAUCUGUUUGGGGUGCGGUUGGUUGUACUGUAGGUCUUUGAACACAACUGUAAUCUGAUUGAGUGGUCAACUAACGUAAAUUCAAUGUCAAAUCAACCAAAAAUGUCACCAUGUCAGGGUUUAGUUUAACAGUUGGGUGGGGAAAAAAUGAAAUUCCCUUACGUUGAUGACUUUUUCAAAACCCAAUCAGUUUCCCACAUUGAUUCAACAUCAUCACAUUUAAUUUUUUGCGUUGAAAUGACUUGGAAACCACAUUGAUUCAAGCAGUUUUUGCCCAGUGGGAAGCUUCCUUACAUGGUCUAGCUUUCCCUCAAACUGAACUGAACCUUCAAUGUGAAUGUGCCAGAGUGUACUCAGCAGUUGAGUAAGCUACUUGACGUAACCCUGACGACAGCUCGCUCACUUGUGUGUAUUACAUUCUCUAUGACAUAUUUAUAUUGACUUUUAUAACGCACAAAUGAAGAUGGGACUGACUUCUAGUAGUGACAUUGCUGUAUGUCACUUUAUAUAAUCCAUACUUUCUGUUUGCUAGGCUAUACUCCUUGCCAUUAGUUUAGCACUAAAAAGUACACUGGUCCACUCCCCUGCUAAAAUGUUUUCACUACCGUAUGUAUUUGUCUCAGCUAUGUGUUUUCUCCCUCUGAAGCUUGUCUCUACAUCACUGUCUUUGUUGUGUCAGUUUUUCUUCUCUGCUUAUGCCUUUCCAAUUGAGUCAAUCAAUGUUGGGUUUUUGUGAAUGAAGGGAUGUGAAGGUGAUUCUCGAGGGCCAGAGAACAGAAUGAAGUGGAUUUGCCUCUUUCCAGUUGUGGGAAUGUUGUGUUUCCAUUUCUGAAGCUUAUAACACACCUUUACUCCAAAUCUGCACAAUAAGCAUUAUUUUUACUGCUUAAUGUCUCCCAAUUGUGUCACUUUAGUCAUGUCGAAGUAUCUCUAGCAGCCUUUAUGUAUUAAAACUUAACUGGCUUAUUGUUAGAUGAGGCGCUUGAAAAGAUAUGUGCAAUUUCUUGUAUUUUAAUAGAAAACCAACCUGUUUUUUAAUGACUUGAAAAAUGAGUAAACCGGUUCAAAGGGUCCCUUCUUGUCCGUAUACUGUACCGUAAAGGUUGCCAUGGUGCCCCCUGCUGUUGUUCCGAUAUACAGAUACAGGCACCCACCGUCAUGUCAUGGUCAUAGUAAAUAUUUAUCUGACUUGAACAUAUUUAUAGCACUAAAACGCCUACGAAUUUUAACAACACAGAUAGGUUUUAACUGAUCUGUUGGAAGAGUAUUUGUACAUUUUAGAUUGGCCUAGCCUGUCCUUCCAAAAUCUUAUAUAAUAUGUAUAUACAUUUUGUAUAUGAAAGCUAUAUAUGAUGAAUGAUUUAAAAAAACAAAAAACAAGAGAUAAUAAUGAGUCUAGAGCCAGUGGAUAUCAUGUGUUCUCUGGUCACAGCUUUGUCAUCAACCAUUCCCACAAACAGGAUCACUUCAACUUUGAUACAUAUUUGUUGUUUACGUUUGAGUUGCUGUCAACAGACGGGGUUAAUAACACUUUAUAUUGAUGUAACAGUAUCACAGUCAUCAAACAGAUAGUAGUAGGCUAUGAAAGCAUACAGUAUGAGGAGGUCGAGGGUCAUUUCUGGUCACGACAUGAGCUGGGAAUCGGAAGAGUCGGGAGAUUGAAGGCUCAACUAUCACUACAGUACCUUUGGGACUUGAUAUGAUAAUGAGCUGUAUAUCUUUUUGCUUUAAUAUUUUCCAUUUCUACAUUGUCAGUUACCCCUCCCUCCUCUUUGGAGGGUUCUUUGAUGUGGCACAAAGGAAGAGUUGGGAGGCUGUCAAAUGUUUUUAUACAUACUACUGCUGUUUUUGUUGUUGUUGCUGUCAUGCGUCUUAGCUUCUGACUCUCUUCCCUCUCUGCCUUAUUAAGCCUUGUGUAAUUCAUCUGUUCAAAUUGUAACUGUUGAAGAGUUCAAUAAUAUCCUGCUGCCUUGUGAGGAUAUUGAAAUGUGCUGGAGUCCUUUGUACAUAAUAAAGAAAAAAAUGUAAGUUGCAA